AUGAGCAAUGGCCGUCGAGGUAUUGUGGGGUUGAUGGCUGGUACGGCAUGCCUCCCGACCUUCAUCUCAUUCCAUUACCCUCAGUCCACAGCUACUCACCAAUUGUACAUCCGGUACUGGAGCGUUUGCUUCUUUUGUAUUGUUCUUUUGCGUUCGGCCUGUUUGUUCGCUUCAGUCGCCGUGAUGGCUUCGUUCUCUAGACUCGUCCGCUUCCUUGCCCGGGAUGGCAAGACGUAUUACGGCGAUGCGAUCCUCCCCAGCGGUGUCACCGACAUCGCUAAGGCGAGGCAAGCCCGUAUUGUGACGGGCGAUAUCUUUGGGAGACAUGAUGUCACAGAAAACGUCGCCGACAUCCGGCUGCUGCUGUCCCCUCUGGCUCCUGAGCAUGUCAGGACUGUGCGGUGCCUGGGUCUCAAUUAUGCGAACCACGCAAAGGAGUCAAACAUGGCCAUUCCCAAAUUCCCCGUCCUCUUCUACAAACCGGUGACCUCUCUCGCCGGACCGACCGACCCCAUCCCCGUGCAUCCGAUCGCGCAGACCGGGAGUACCUUGGACUACGAGUGCGAGCUUGUUGUUGUUAUUGGAAAGACGGCUGCCGGCGUGUCUGAGGACGAUGCACUCGACUACGUACUUGGGUACGCUGUGGGUAACGAUGUAUCGCACCGUGAGUGGCAGAUUCAGCGUGGCGGCGGCCAGUGGUCGCUCGGCAAGGGCUUUGACGGCUGGGCGCCGUUCGGCCCUGGUAUCGUAACCAACAAGGUCGUCAAGGACCCGCAGAACCUCAAGAUCUUUACCAAGGUCAACGGGGAGACUGUUCAGAACAAUAACACCAAGGACAUGAUCUUUGGUAUCAAAAAGACGAUCUCUUUUCUGAGUCAAGGCACUACCCUGUUGCCAGGAGACGUCAUUUUUACCGGAACCCCAGAGGGUGUCGGCAUGGGCCGCAAGCCCCAGCUGUGGUUGAAGGAUGGGGACGUGGUCGAGGUUGGUCUUGAGAACGUUGGCUCUUGCAUCAACAAGGUGGAGUUCAGCAAGUUGAAAUCGAGGAUCUGA